AUGAACUACUAUCCAUACGGACUUCUUGACGCGAGGGAGAUAGCUGAUACCGGAAAAUAUGUUGAGUUUUUUGAAAGAAUUAAGAAAACUCAAGCUACUUUAGAUACGGGCCCUACGGGUGUUGAAAACGCAUACUCCAAUCUUCCCUCUUCUCAUUCGAAUGGUAAAUAUGUUUCCACUCAAGGUGGAUUUGAAAACAACGGUCCGACGAAUCGUCAAGAAAGACGUUGGUGGAAAUUAACUGCAACCAAUAUCUUCAAACCAAAAGAACGACUAUAG